GCUUUAGAUAGGGAGUGAGUGACAUACAUACAAGAGUUAGAUAAUUGGGUGAAAAUGAGAAUGGGUUUUUGGGGAAUGAAUAAUAAUAAGGCUCUUAUUCCUUCAUCAUCAUCAUCAUCAUCUUCUUCGUCUGCAAUAAUAAUAAUAACAACAACGUUGGUGUUGUGUUUCAUUGUUAGGGUUUCUUCAAACGAAACCAGCAGUGCCGCCCUCACUCUUGGCUAUGAACAAGUGGCAACUGUGCGCCUUGGUCGAAUAUCCAAGAGUUGGUCUGCCCCUUGCUUUGCCCAGAACGCUGCUCGACUAGAAUUAUCUAUAAUUUCCGGGACAAGCAUUGGCUCGGUUUACAUCAUGCCACACAAUGGAAAGUGUUGGAGCUGCCGAGAUGAUUACCAGAUAAGGUUGGGGGAUGAAAUAAUGUCAACCGGCAGUGUUUAUUUUGGUGCUGUGGAAGCUCCUUUCUUGUUCGCCUACAUGACUACGGAUCAAAGGGAAAGAAUCCAGAAAGAAGGAAUGAAGAUUUUCGUGGAUAAGAAUGCAGCUUGUAAUGGUGUUUCCAGGAAGAUAAUGAAGAAUCCAUUUCUAGAUAUGGAAUUUGUUGCAAUGAAUUGAAACACGAUAAUGUGCUGAAUUAAGGCUGGAUUGUUUGAUGCAUUAUUAUAAUAAGAAAGCAAUAUCUUUAUCCAUUUCCCUUAAGAAUGGAUGGAUAAGAAUUUAAGAAGGUAUUGCAAGUGUGUGCUUAGUAGCUACGAGCUAGCAGUAUGUUUUCUCAAUUUCUUAAGUAUUAUGGGCAAAUGAACAAUAUAAUGCUCUUUUUUAAUUCUAAAAUAAGAUUCAUGUUUCACG